AUGGCGAGGAUAAAACCUCAGGCUCUUCUAAAUCAAAGCAAGAAGAAGAAGGGUCCAAGUCGCAUAAGCAUCUCCACGAUUAUCGUGUGUAAUCUUGUGGUUGCUGUUGUUAUACUAUCCUUGGUCACAACUUAUCGUCAUUGGUCCCAGAGGUCAAGAAACACAAUUGAACAUGAAACUCAGAGUCAGAGAUUCCAGGACACGAAUGCUGCAUCGGAGCACAAGAGUUACGAUCUUCCUGGCUAUGCUGAUAUAAACACAUCGAAAGGCCUUAUCACUGUGGAACUCUUUAAAGAAGCUUCCCCUGAAGCUGUGGACAAGUUUCUUGAUCUUUGUCAAAAAGAUCACUUCAAGGGAAUGGAGUUUCACAGGGUUAUAAAGAACUACUUGGUACAAGCAGGUCACUCACAAAGCUCUAUACCUGUAGAAGAAUGGACUGCUAAAGGAAAGCUCCGUGGUCGCCUUCACACUAGCCCAAAACAUGAGGCGUUUAUGUUGGGGACACCAAAAACCAAAGGGAGCAACAAGGACUUUGAUCUUCUCAUCACAACGGCACCAAUCCCGGAUCUUAAUGAUCAGCUUCUAGUGUUUGGAAGAGUCCUUAAGGGAGAAGACGUUGUACAGGAGAUUGAGGAAGUUGAUACAGACGAGCAUUACCAACCAAAAUCGCCGAUAGGGAUCAUUAGCAUUACACUGAAACAAAAGAUAUGA